UGCGUGCUCCUUCGAAAGCAGAUCGAGCUGGUCCGUACUCGAGAUCCUACACCAGAGUGCAGUUUGGAUAGUGAAUGUGCAACAAGCGAAGCAGACAUCCCAUCGUCUCAUACCGGAAUGCCUCCACAAUCAACCUCUCGGCAAUGUCAGACCCAGCCACCUGCUCCAAACACCGAGGUCGUCAUUCCAGAAGUGCUUAAGAUUGAAUUGAGGGAAAGGUCGACCGUAAAAGACCCGGUGAUAUCAUCAGCUUCUACCGAGGAUAAUUCAACUCCUUCAAGUAUUCCCGAUGAAGUGCAGUCUUCGAAGGCGUCGACCAGUAGCAGUAAUAGCCUGGAUCUCUUUGAUGAAAAGAGCAGGGAUGGUGCUAAAAAAGAUACGGUCAUCACGUUGGAUUUGACUCCAUUGCGGAGUUGCUCUCGAAGCAGAAGAUCUUCAGCGGCACGGUUUUCACUGAACGACGGAAUAAUUAAUCUAUCGCCAGAAGAGGACCCGGUGUCAAAGCCUGAAGAAGUUGUUGAUGGGCGUGAAAGCGCGCCGUGUGUUCCGCGUGCACCGACACUGAAGCAGAACCUCCGAAGGAGUGGUAUACGGCGGUAUCCAAUGGAUCCUACUAGCCGAAAUGAGUACUUUGAAUAUCAUGAUCCAUUCAUGGAACCGUGGUACGAUCCUGUUGAGAUGAACGACCAAUCACCAUCACAGUCUGCCUCGAAACCUGCAAAGGAUGAUGCUGAGAAAUCACCAUUGGAUAAAGCUGGUCGCCGUCGUUCAUCGAGGAUCUAUAAGGCAGCCGCCAGUGGGUUGUAG